AUGUUCGAGCGCCGUGCCGCAGACCGUUACCGCCUCGGCCUCCACCGUGCUCGCUCCGUGGUUCUUACACCAGCUGAAUUAGUCGAAGUCCGCGCUGCUCAACGAACCUUCGAGGGCGCCUACAUUCGUACCUCCCUCUCGCAAUUCUCCUUCGCCCUCAUCAUUCUCAAGAUCUUUACUUCCGAGUUCUACAGCAUCGGUGCGCUAUUUGCCGUCUACGGUGCUGGCGUGUUGACCAUUGGCCUCUUCCGGCGCCAGCAGGGCAACAGGCAGUUCUUCAAUGAAGUGGAUGCCGAUGGUUUGAGGAGGCGUAAGUUUCGGACGAGUGGAAACGUGGUGGUUGUCUUGACGGCGCUGAGUAUCGCGGCGUAUGCAUGUUUGUUGGCGCUGACGUUGACGCUCAAGAUGUGA